AUGGUGAUGGUUGGGAGUCGUAACGACGACGAUGAAGGAGUACAAUGGGGAGGAGUAAACUUGGUAUUCGAUAUAUACACAUAUUCUAAUUUAGAAGUUCUGUUGUUAUAUUCUCUUCCCGUUGUAUUUGUUACAGAUAUGGCACACUUGUACAAGAAUCAACUACAAAACUAUGCUCAAAAGCAAAACCUACCGUUACCGGUGUACACUUCCGAGUGGGAGGGCCCUCCUCAUGCCAUGCGUUUCAAGUGCAAAGUCACACUUGAUGGACAGACCUACGAAUGUCCUACCGCCUUUUCUAAAUUGAAGGAUGCUGAACAUGCAGCAGCUGAAGUUGCUUUAUUGUCAUUAUUGCGGGGAGGAUUUCAAGAGAUUCAGGAUAAUUCCGUAUUAUACAAGAACCUUUUACAAGAAUUGGUCCAAAAGGAAGGAUUUAGCCUGCCUUCUUAUAAUACAGAAAGAUCUGGCGAAGCUCAUAUUCCGACAUUUAUUUCAUACGUGGAAGUUGAAGGGAAAGUUUUCACUGGUCAAGAAGCCAAAAGGUUAAAUAAUGAAUAA